AUGGGCGGGAACAUAGGCACUGGGAAGCUGGAAGAAGAGAAGAGGCAGAAGAAAAUGGGGCAAAACGUGCUCCGGGCGGUCUUCCUUUUAGUCCUGGGGCUUUUGGGUCAUUCUCACGGAGGAUUCCCCAACACCAUCAGCAUCGGUGGACUUUUCAUGAGAAACACGGUGCAGGAGCACAGCGCUUUCCGCUUUGCCGUGCAGUUAUACAACACCAACCAGAACACCACGGAGAAGCCCUUCCAUUUGAAUUACCACGUAGAUCACUUGGAUUCUUCCAAUAGUUUUUCUGUGACUAAUGCUUUCUGCUCCCAGUUCUCAAGAGGGGUGUACGCCAUCUUUGGAUUCUAUGACCAGAUGUCAAUGAACACUCUGACCUCCUUCUGUGGGGCCCUGCACACAUCCUUUGUGACGCCCAGCUUCCCCACUGAUGCAGAUGUGCAGUUUGUCAUCCAGAUGCGCCCAGCCUUGAAGGGCGCUAUUCUGAGUCUGCUGGGUCACUACAAGUGGGAGAAGUUUGUGUACCUCUACGACACAGAAAGAGAAAUAGAAAAUACUCCUAAAAUUCAUAUGGAACUACAAAGGACUCCAGAUAGUCAAAGCAAUCUUGAGCAAGAAGAACAAAGCUGGAGGCAUCACACUUCCUGAUUUCAAAACAUAUUACAAAGCUAUAGUCAGUAAAACCAGUAUGGUACUGGCAUAAAAACAAACAUAUCAACCAACAGAACAGAAUAAAGAGCCCAGAAACGAACUCAUGCAUGUGUAGUCAACUGAUCUUUGCCAAGGGUGUCAAGAACACACAAUGGGGAAAGGAGAGUUUCUUCAACAAAUGAUGUUGAGACAACUAGAUAUCCACGUGCAAAAGACUGAAAUUGGAUCCUUAUCUUAUACCAUACAUAUAAACCAACUCCAAAUGGAUUAAAGAUUUAAACAGAAUGGGCGCCUAGGUGGCUCUGUUGGUUAAGUGUCCGAUUCUUGAUUUUGGCUCAGGUCAUGAUAUCAGGGUUCAUGAGAUCAAGCCCCACAUCGGGCUCUGUGCUAACGGUGCAGAGCUCACUUGGGAUUCU